AUGGCGUCCCCCGUCACAUAUCUGUUGUGCGCCUGCGGCAUCGUUGCGCUCGUAUUGCUUCGGCAAAGAAACAAGUCCUCUUUACCUCUUCCGCCUGGGCCCCCUGCAGAUCCAAUUAUUGGCCAUCUGCGCAUAUUUUCUCCUGCACGUCAGCACGAGCUCUUUCCCAAAUGGGCGGCUGAGUACGGGGACAUUUUCCAUCUGGGUAUACUGGGACAAAACCUCAUAGUGAUGAACUCUUUGCAAGUCGCCACUGACCUUCUAGAGAAACGGAGCUCAAAGCACAGUGACAGGCCGGCAUGCACCACAUUGGAACUGAUGGGCUGGGAGGCCAGCCUUCCUUUAUUAUUGUACGGCCCGCGGUGGAAGAAGCACAGGAAGAUGUUCCAGCAAUACUUUAAUUAUCACGAAUGUCUCGCGUAUUACCCUAGUCAACUCAGAGAAGCACGGGUACUGGCGAAGAGUCUGAUGAUAACACCCAAAGACUUCCUAGCACAUACUCAAAGAUUUGCACUGUCGAGCCUUAUUCGGAUCACGUAUGGACACCAAGCACACUCCGAUGACGACAUAUACGUCAAUAUUAUUGGGGAAGUUUUACGCUCUGUCGAGGCAGCAACCGCUGGAGUCGCGCUGAUAGAUCUCUUCCCCUCAUUACGAUACGUACCGCAUUGGCUGCCUGGAAUGUCAUCAUUAACCGCCAUGUCUCGACGCUGGCAUCCCACUAUCCGACACUUCCACAACUGGACGUUCGACGACGUGCUGAGGCAGAUGGACGCAGGAAUCGCCCAACCAUCAUUUCUGGCUUCUCAUCUGGAGCGCCUUGAUUUGGCAGGUACUAGUAGCGAGGACCUUGAAGACAUUAAGGGCUCUGCUGCCAGCAUUCUCAUAGCUGGUUCAGAGACGACAUGGUCACUCAUUCAAACACUCUUUUUCGCUAUGCUUGUGUUCCCUGGAGCACAACAUAAGGCACAAGAAGAAAUUGAUAAAGUGAUAGGUUGUGAGCGACUGCCAGAUUUCAGCGAUCGCGACUCCUUGCCCUUUGUGGAAUGCGUGCUACAGGAGAUAAUAAGGUGGUACCCCGUUCUUCCUUGGGGUGUCCCACAUAGGAGCCUUGAUGAUGAUGUCUACAAUGGGAUGUUCAUACCGAAAGGAUCAGUGAUGAUACCGAAUGUCCUGGCAAUGAGCCAUGACCAGCAAAUUUACAAAAACCCUGAAAUAUUCUGUCCGGAGCGUUUCCUUCCCGUACCUGCAGGACACGGCGAACCACAUCUAGAUGUCGCUUUUGGCUUCGGUCGGCGAAUUUGUCCUGGCCGUUACUUCGCGGACAACAGCGCAUGGCUUGUGCUGGUCACUGUCCUUGCGACGUUAAAUAUCAGCAAGGUUGUUGGACAGGAUGGGAGAGUGGUCGAGCCUAAGGUGGAGUUUACUACAGAAAGUCAAGUGAGCCGUCCGAGACCGUUCGACUGUGUCUUCCAACCGCGGUCGGAGGCUGCGAAGGCGCUGAUUCUGCAGCAAUCGGAGUGA